AUGAAAGCAAGAGGGAAGGCCUUCCCUGGAGAGGGAGGAACACCUGGACAGGCUGGUUUUUCUGCACCAGGUUUCUCAGGGAAUGGUGGCUCCGUUGCUGUGCUGUCUGAAGAAAAUGCCACUCAGAGCCCCACUCAGAGCCACACAGAAGACAGGAAAAGUCCUCCUAAAUAUGGCUUUUCUGUUGCUGGUUCUGGUUAUAAAGUGAUGGACCGAGGGGGUAGAAUCCGCUGCAAUUUCCAGGACAUGGGAAUGAAUACCCGACAGACAAUGGCACAUGUAAAAAACAAUAAAACAGGAUCCAGCGGCAUUCCCAUCAAAAUCGUAACGAACCUGUUUGGUUUAUGGUUGCCCGAGAACUGGCACCUGUAUCAAUAUCAUGUUGAAUUUAGCCCAGAGCUGGAAUCCAGACGUUUGAGGCUGGCGCUACUGUAUAGCCAUGCCCAAUUUCAACUGAAAGCCAAAGUGUUUGAUGGAGCGACACUGUUUCUUAUGGAUAAAUUAGAAAACCAUGUCACAGAAUUGUCUUGUGAAACCCGAAGAGGAGAGACGGUCAAGAUCACCAUUAGACUGAUCCAUCAGCUGCCUUCCAGCUCUCCGACAUGCAUCCAGUUUUUAAACAUCAUCUUUAAGAAGCUUUUGAAAAAGUUGUCUAUGCACCAAAUUGGACGAAACUUCUACAGUCCUUCGGAUCCGAUAGAGAUACCACAGCACAAAUUGACCCUUUGGCCAGGUUUUGCAAUAUCUGUUGGGCAGUUUGAGAACAAAGUGAUGCUCUGUGCAGACGUGAGCCAUAAGGUCCUACGCAACGAGAAUGUUCUGGAGUUCAUGACCAGCCUGUAUAACAGGGUGGAUCUGGCCCGGUUUGCAGAGAGUUGUGAAAAGGAGCUGUUGGGACUCAUUGUUCUUACCAGAUACAAUAACAAAACUUAUCGGGUUGAUGAUAUUGAGUGGUCUGUGAAGCCUACAGAUACAUUCAAGAAACGUGACGGCACUGAAAUCUCUUAUGAAGAUUAUUACAAGCAGCAGUAUGAUAUCAUUAUAACUGACCUCAACCAGCCCAUGCUUGUUAGCCAGUUGAAGAAUAAACGAGGCAGCAGCACUGUUGAACCCCGCGUGGCCCUCCUGGUCCCUGAAUUUUGCUACCUAACAGGUUUGAGCAGCCGUGCAACCACCGAUUUCCGGCUGUUGAAGGAUUUGGCUCAGGAAACUCACCUGACCCCUGAGAGAAGACAACAGAGGCUGUCUAGACUUGCUGACAACAUUCAGAGGAACAAAGACGCCCGCUUAGAGUUGGAGACCUGGGGACUGCAGCUUGGGUGCCAGGUUUCCCUCACUGGCCGUGUAGUCACGACAGAAAAAAUCUUAAUGCGGGAUUCGAUUAUGCCCAUGAAUGCUGGUGACUGGUUCCGAGAUAUGCGGGAUGUCAGGACCCUGGGAGUGGUGCCUCUGGGGAACUGGCUAGUGGUGGUCAGCAACAGGAACUCAGAGCUAGCCCAUAAUCUUGUGAACUGUUUGAAAAGAGUGGGAGGCCCUAUGGGCUUCCACAUGGAAUAUCCCAAAUUUUUGCAAGUACAGGACAGCCCUGUGGCAUUUGUGAGGGCCCUACAAAGAAAUGUGAAUCCAGAGCUGCAGCUGGUGCUCUGUGUGCUGCCUUCGAAUCAGAAGGACUGCUACGACUCCAUUAAGAAGUACCUGACCCUUGAGCAUCCUGUUCCGAGCCAGUGCGUCCUCGCUCGUACCCUGAGCAAGCAGGGCAUGUUGAUGAGCGUGGCCACAAAAAUUGCAAUGCAGAUCAUCUGUAAGCUCGGUGGGGAGCUUUGGGCAGUUGACAUACCACUGAAGUCCCUCAUGGUGGUUGGGAUUGAUGUCAACAAAGAUGCCGUCAACAAAGGACACUCAGUGGUUGGAUUCGUGGCUAGCACUAAUGUCAAGCUUACUAGGUGGUUCUCUCGGUGCAUGCUGCAAAACUCAGGAGCAAACAUGGCAGAUUGCUUAAAGAUCUGCAUGGAAGGUGCUCUGAGUCAGUGGCAAAAGUGCAAUGGUGGGCAGUUACCUGCGCGCAUAAUUGUGUACCGCGAUGGCGUUGGAGAUGGCCAGCUGAAGAUGGUGGUGGACUAUGAAGUCCCACAGCUGCUUAGUGUCCUCAGUGAAUGCCGUGGUGAUCACAGGCCCAAAUUAUCCAUGAUCGUAGUCAGGAAGAAAUGCCAUCUUCGUUUUUUUACUGAGGCCAACAGGGGUUUAGAGAAUCCUCCGAUUGGGACUAUUAUCGACACUGAAGCCACUCGACCUGAAUGGUAUGACUUUUUCUUGAUUAGCCAGCUUGCUCGCCAGGGUACCGUUAACCCCACGCAUUAUAACGUGGUGUAUGACAACAAUGGGCUAAAGCCAGAGCACAUGCAACGUCUCACAUACAAGAUGUGCCACCUGUACUACAACUGGCCUGGCCUCAUCCGCGUGCCAGCUCCCUGCCAGUAUGCCAACAAGCUGACUUUCCUGGUAGGUCAGAGCAUCCACCAAGAGCCGAACCUGGAACUCGCUGACAAACUUUUCUAUUUGUGAAGAGUGUAGAGGCGAGAGU